CCUACAGUAACUAUUAUAGCAGCAUUGUUUCUCUGGAAAUUUCACAAAUUCGACAAUAAUGAUUUUGAAGUGUUGAAUUUCGCUAUGCUCAGCUCACUCCCUCUUGCAUGGUCCAUGUUAUAUCAUUGCGAAUGGUGAUUUUGGAUUUCGAGGACUGAAUAAUAUCGGAGAUACACUUGGUAGGAGGUGCCAAUGUGUGUACUGACAUCACUGUGUCUGACACACUAGAGCCAGGCUACGUUGGCAUAAAACCAUGCUUCUGGCACAGUCACCACUAGCGGUACAGCCUAUGUUUGACUACACAUUCCCUUACGACGUGAAGCGAGCGAGACAAGACACAGAGACGGAUUUUGGGAAAAAUCACAGAUCGGACCUUCACACGUCAUCUUUACCGAGCCCGAACCAUCACGACCCAGGCAGCAGUAACUCAUCUCCUCUCCCACCUCACAUUGUAGAUAAUAACAACCUCACAACAAAUGGAAAUGCAGAUGAUAACUUGGUCUCACUGGUCACCUCAGCGGAGAGCUCAUAUAGCAGCACCAACUCGUGGGUGAUGUCACAGGUACACGGUGAUAACUCAGUGCAAGUGAAAAAAGAACCAGCAGGCAGUGAUAGUAGCCCGACAGAUUCUCCGUUUGGUCCUGAUAGUAUUGAAGACUUUGUGGAAGACCAGUCGAAGUCUAACAGUAAUUACGGAAACUCGUCAAAUUAUUACGGCAGUGUACAUCCAACAACCUCAUCGGGCAGUGAAAACAGUACAAUGCAGGCUUACCAGCCAUUAGGUAACCAGGGUGGAAGUGCAUUCAAUCUCCAGAAUGCCAGCUUCUACAGUUCACAGACGGGCCAGAGUGCCUACGGGAUGCUGCAAGAUGCAUACGGAAUGACUGGAGAUGUGAAGUUAAAGCAGCAAAGCAGCCAAGGGAGUGCCUACUUGGGCCCUUACGGAUCGUCAUUCAAUGCAAGUGCGGGACAAUCAGGGCAGAGCCCUUAUGCCUAUGGCAGCAGUAUCAAUACUGGCCUCUCAUCAUCGAACUCAACUGCUAAUGCGGGUGCCUUUAGUUCAACACAACAGGGUCUUGGGUAUGGUGCAUAUACAGGUUCCUACGGCCAAUCAGGGACCUACCCGUACUAUGCCCAGGGGUAUAGUCCGUACAUGACGACGACGAGCUCGACCCUUUCCACGGCAACGACGGUGCCUUCAACGCAGACAUAUCAACUGUCAGAUCUACCGCCAGCGACGUCUGAAAUCCCAAAAGCACAUGCUCUACCUUCAGUGGACACAAACUUUUCCUCAUCAGUACCGAGUCCGUCACCGCCUCUGAAAUCAGAAAAUGGUAGCCCACGCGGGCGGGGCAGAGGUGGGCGAGGACGACGACAGAACAACCCGUCCCCGGGGCCGGAGAACGACCUGGAACGAGUAUUUAUAUGGGACCUUGAUGAGACGAUCAUCAUAUUCCACUCUCUACUAACAGGAUCUUAUGCACAACGAUAUGGAAAGGAUCCACCGGGCUCGGUCUCUCUGGGAUUACGGAUGGAGGAGAUGAUCUUUAACUUAGCCGAUACUCACUUAUUUUUCAAUGAUCUAGAGGAAUGUGAUCAAGUCCAUAUAGACGACGUUUCGUCAGACGAUAAUGGCCAGGAUUUAAGUAAUUACAAUUUCGCCACGGAUGGUUUCCAUGCGGCUGCCACUAACGCCAACCUUUGCCUUGCGACGGGUGUCAGAGGUGGUGUCGACUGGAUGAGAAAACUGGCAUUUAGAUAUCGAAGAAUAAAAGAAAUAUAUAACAGUUAUAGGAAUAAUGUUGGAGGAUUACUUGGUCCACAGAAGCGAGAACAGUGGCUCCAGUUACGGCAAGAAAUCGAACUUCUUACGGAAAACUGGCUCACUCUUGCACUCAAGGCGUUAUCAAUCAUCAACUCUAGGUCAUCUUGUGUGAACGUUCUAGUCACAACCACACAGCUGGUGCCAGCACUCGCCAAAGUUCUCUUGUACGGUUUAGGAGGAGUCUUUAAUAUCGAAAAUGUAUACAGUGCUACAAAAAUUGGCAAAGAAAGUUGUUUUGAGAGAAUCGUAUCACGGUUCGGUCGGAAGUGUACCUACGUUGUGGUAGGGGAUGGGCGAGAUGAGGAAGCCGCCUCAAAACAGAUGAACUGGCCAUUUUGGAGAAUUUCCAGUCAUUCAGACAUCGCAGCACUUCACCACGCGUUGGAGCUCGGUUAUCUAUAAAAUCGUUAAUGCUAUACGGGACACGGUAUAUAAUACGGUAUCAGGGAACACUGGAAUUACUGAACACUGCAAUGAUGUAACACUGACUAUAAACAAUUAUCGGAUGCAGUUGACGGCUUGACCAGUGUAUAAAUUAUGAAAUAUACAAUCGGGCCCUGUGAAUUGCGUUAAUUCCACGGAAUAUGGACUAAAUAGUGGAUUUUCUCCAAGACACAGGGUACUCCUAAUAUUUCCAAAUCUGGCUAUUAAUUUGCUCGAUGAGACUUGUAGUAUAUUCAGGAUUUUUCAUUUUGCUCACAAGGUAUUGAGAGUAGAAUGUGGCUUUAUGGAAUAAACGCGAUAAGGAAUAAGGCCCCAAGUGAAGUGGUAGAGACUGUCAGGUGUGGAUGUGCAGCUUUACUCCUUUGGACUCAGUGUUAAUGUAACGUGGGACUUGGCGAUGACUAAAUCGCACCAGUUUUUAAAGUUCCUCACCAAUUCAUAAAGUGCUAAUUCAGCGCAUGCAGUCUGAACUAUGACCAAAGUAUCUUACAAGACCUUUAAAGGAGAGAAUCUUUUGAUCGAAGAUGAUGACUUGGUAAAUGGUAUGAACAGUUAAGAUGAACUAUCAGUUGGCGUGAUCUGUUUUAUAAAAGACUAGUUUUAUGGACUUCUGCGUGAUUAUAAUUCUGCUUUCUGGGUGCAAACCAAAAGCCAGUUAUCAUAGAGGAAAAAAUCACUGUUUAUGUUCACAUUUAAUAUAUGACAGAAAAAGGUGGAAAUUGAAUUGGAGGGCGAUCUUGUGGAGGGAUAUAGUUACCUAUAAAGGUUCAAGUUAAGGAGGGAGAUCUUGUGGAGGGAUAUAGUUACCUAUAAAGGUUCAAGUUAAGGAGGGAGAUAUUUAUGUUGGAAUUUGUCGAAUUUUAUAUAUUUGUGAGUUUCACCAGAGCAAGUAACAUUCUUUCAUUCCCGUGUCACCAAUCACUAACAUGACCAAUGAGCUCAAGUUGCUAACACCUGAAUGCCUCACUCACUAUCAAAGAUGGCUUUAUUUUGCUGUCCCGAGUUUCAAUCGUCACUGGUAAUUUCAAAAGGAAGUUGGUAUCGAUUGUGAAAUGGGAUGCGCCUUUAUAGAGAGGUGUCCUAUGGCAGAGGUGUAGACCAGUUUUCUUAUACAAAUACCAUGUGUGGGAAUGGAUCGUUGUUUUGUCAAGUUGAGAUAGUUUUAGUCAUAUUGCAGAUGACUUCUGUCGGGUACUUGAGUAAGUGCCAACGACUUAACCAGCUUUGGAAGCAGAGUGCUGGGCUUCAGGUUGCUCCGGCCACAUAGCUGGCCACAUGUUGAUGGACCCCAGAGGGACGGGACAUUGCUAAUUCUGCUCGUUAAUCACACGCUGAUAUAUUUUGUAUAAACAUAUCAAAAUAAUCGCGGCUCUCCCUGGGGUUGUGUACAUCUGGUAACAUUCUGAUCCAUCCCCUCACAUCGAUUAGGUCUUGUCUUCCUCCCACUUGAGUCGGCCAAAUCUUCUACUGUUCAGGAAGAGCCUCAAAGAAUAUUACUUCUAAUGUUGUUACAGGUCUACACAAUUGUUAUUAAAGGCAAACAAUCACAACUCCUGAAAAGUUUCCCUGUUUUCAAGGAAACUGUGUGCGUAAACCUAUAUUCCAAUGAGUUCUUUUCUUAUGGAGGUGUUCCCAUCUAUGAAUUCAGUGGUUACUGAUGAAAUCCAAAUGAAACGAACCGAAAUGAAAAUGGACUUUUCCGAUUGACUGCAGUAUUCUGAUAACCAAGUCAAAGUUUACAGUUGACAGUCGAGGGACUUUACACCUUAUCUCGGGCGUAGCUCCCAUAAGCAUGGAACUUGUAAACAACCUGCAUGAUGAAUUUAGCUUGAUCCAAUUAAACAGCCAAUUAUAAAUUCGGGUACCAGAUAUCCUUACUUAAUUGCUCUUUCGAUGAGUAUGUUCUUCCUAUAACUUCAGAGGGUGCUUUUCAAAGGUUAUUACAUUUUGAUGGUUUCAUUGUGUGUUUCAUCAGCAACCAAAUCAAAUCAUGUAUAAAGCCAAUUGUACGAGUAUUUCAUAUUGUUGUAGAUAGCUAAAUGCUGGUUGAAUUUAAGUCUGUUGCAGCUCAAGUUGACCAGCUUUCCCUUUGUAUUCAAUAUAUCAAUGUACAGGAAUGUCUGGCAAUCUUCAUUGCAAUGGACUUCAGUGUAGUGUUUGGUAUAAAUGUGUACACAUCUCAAUGUAUUCACACUGGUUAGUGCAAUAUCUUUAUUUCAAAACAAUUCACAAACACCAACGUUUCCCAGAUUUAUGAAAUUUUGAAAUUUACAAAGUCUUCUUGAAAUUAACAAGUGCUAUACUGGUGUUGCAAUGGAAUCACAAUUCUGUCUUUUUUAAUUGAUUGUGUACAGAUCUUUUGACCUUGACAUGAAGAAGCAUGGUACAUGGAUUUUGAUCAUCGAUUCUGUCAUGGUGAAAUGAAUUGUCAACAAACAUAGUAUAGAACAGAAAAUCAUGCAGAUAUUUACAACUUGCUGUUACAAAGAAAGUCCUUUCUAGGCUCUCAGUGCUUUUAUAUUGGCAUAAACUUUGAUCAGAGUUUGUGACCUAAACAAGGUCAUCCACAAUUUUCAUUGGCAGGUAGAUUGGUGACAAAUGAAAUGUUUGUAAGAUGUAAUUGUUGUAGCAUAUCAUAUAGGUCCAUAGUAAAUGUAAAAGUUCUGUAAGGCAUUUUAGGUAUAGAGAGCACAAACUAUAGGUGGCGCCACCGGGCGCUGGUGUAAAUAGCUUAUGUUAAUUAUUUUAUGUUUUACGAGCAAGGUGCUGUAAAUUCGGUUGAUGGUUAACUGCCCCUCUCAGACAUGUCAAUUUCCACAUACUUUUCUACUGUAAUGUGUCAUUGUACCAUCCAAUUUAAGCACCCGUUGAAGAAGAGCAACUUGCGAUAAUUAUCAUUACAAUGAGCGAUAAAAAGAUUGCUUGUGUGCGAAUAAUAUUGGUAAUCAAUUAGUCUUCGGUCCUCAACUUACCCAUAACCCCUAUAUGAAGUCAGUUGCUCUGCCGUAGGUCAACAACAGGUAACAAAUCGUCUGACCAGCAGAUGCCAUGGCGGCCACAUCCAAUCUGACUGAUUACUUGUGCCAUCUAUAUUACACGCUGAUUACAUCUCUCUGGCUGCAGUGAAACAUUUUCAAACUUCCUGAGUAUUUUGUUCAUUAGAUUUCAUUUAUGCUGACAGAUUGUUUUGAACCGACAGUACAGUUACCUCAGCUCCAGGUCAGAACAACCAUCUACAGGAACCUUUUGGUCGGACUUCCAAAUUUACAGAACAUGUAUAUUCUGAGCAUAUCCUUCAAACUAUCAUUAGGCUGGG